GAAUGCUCAGUGUGUGGAAAGACAUUCAGUAACAGGGGGACACUUCAACUGCAUCAAAGAACCCAUACAGGGGAGAAACCUUUUGAAUGCUCAGUGUGUGGAAAGAGAUUCAGUACAAGUAGUGGUCUUCAGUUGCACCGAAGAACCCACACAGGGGAGAAACCUUUUGACUGCUCAGUGUGUGGAAAGAGAUUCAGUGAUAGGGGGAAUCUUCAAACGCAUCAGAGAAUUCACAGUGGGGAGAAACCUUUUGAAUGCUCAGAUUGUGGAAAGAGAUUCUGUACGAGUCGGAAGCUACAGCUGCACCACAGAACCCACACAGGGGAGAAACCUUUUGAAUGUUUAGAGUGUGGAAAGAGAUUCAGUCAGAGUGGCAAUCUUCAACUGCACCAAAGGACCCACACAGGGGAGAAACCUUUUCAAUGCUCAGAGUGUGGAAGGAGAUUCAGUCAGAGUGGUGAUCUUCAACGGCACCAUAAAAUUCACACAGGGGAGAGACCAUUUAAAUGCUUAGAGUGUGGAAAGAAAUUCAGUUCUACUGGUGUCCUUCAAGAGCAUCUGAAAACCCACACAGGGGAGAAACCUUUUGUAUGCUCAGUGUGUGGAAAGAGAUUCAGUCAGUGUAGUACUCUUCAACGGCACCAAAGGACCCACACAGGGGAGAAACCUUUUGAAUGCUCAGUGUGUGGAAAAAGAUUUAGACAGAGUAGCACUCUUCAGGUGCAUCUAAGAACCCACACAGGGAGGAAACCCUUUGAGUGCUCCGAGUGUGGAAAGAGAUUCAGUAACACUGGAAGUCUUCAAUCUCAUCAGAGAACCCACACAGGCGAGAAACCUUUUGAAUGCUCAGAGUGUGGAAAGAAAUUCAGACAGAGUGGCAGUCUUCGGAUGCACCAAAGAACCCACACGGGGGAAAAACCCUUCGAAUGCUCAGAGUGCGGAAAGAGAUUCAGUCAGAGUGGCACUCUUCGACUGCACAAAAGAACACAAACACACAGGGGGAAACCUUUUGAAUGCUUAAACUGUGGAAAGAAAGUCAGUCAUAUUGGCAGUCUUCAGCUGCAACAAAGGACUCACAUGGGGAAAAAUCCAUUCAGUGUGUGA